AUGGCUGACGGUGGCGCCUUGUACAUGGGCUUUGAUCUCUCAACGCAACAAUUGAAAGGCAUUGUCGUUGACUCCAAACUCAGACUAACACAUGAAGCCAAGGUCGACUUCGAUGCGGAUCUAAGCAAAUAUGGAAUCCAAAAGGGUGUCCUUACGAAUCCGGCAGAAGGCGAAGUCUUCGCUCCACCCGCAAUGUGGCUCGAGGCCUUGGACCUUGUUCUGGAGCGACUCAACGCAGCAAAGCUCGACUUCAGUAAGAUCAAAGGUGUCUCCGGUGCCGGCAUGCAACAUGGCACAGUCUUCUGGUCGAAAGAUGCAGAAAAGCUGUUGGGCAGGCUAGACUCGAACAAAUCUCUGGUCUCGCAGCUUGGUGCUGAGCAUGGAAACGGAGGCGCUUUCGCUCAUGAAAUGAGCCCAAACUGGCAGGAUGCUAGUACGCAAAAGCAAUGCGAUGCAUUCGACUCCGAACUUGGCGAUCCCGACAAACUCGCCUUCACGACGGGCAGCAAAGCUCAUCACCGUUUCAGCGGACCACAGAUUCUGCGAUAUCGAUUGAAGCAUCCUCAACACUACGAACAGACCGCGCGAAUUUCUCUCGUCUCCUCGUUCCUUGCGUCGACACUCCUUGGGAAGAUUGCUCCCAUGGAUAUCAGCGACGUCACUGGGAUGAACCUCUGGGAUAUCAACGCAGGGACGUGGCAUGAAAAAUUGCUGGCGCUCGCUGCAGGUGGUAUCGACAACGUAUCGGAGCUGAGGCGGAAGCUCGGAGAAGUUCCAGAAAGCGGUGGCGACAGUUUGGGAUCGAUUAGCAAGUACUAUGUUUCGCGCUACGGCUUCCCUACAGAUUGCCAAGUCAUCCCUCACACCGGCGAUAAUCCAGCAACUAUCUUGGCAUUGCCAUUAAGGGCCUCCGACGCAAUAGUUUCGCUGGGGACAAGCACGACGUUUCUGAUGUCUACGCCCGAAUAUAAACCGGAUCCAGCAUACCAUUUCAUGAACCAUCCGACCACCCCAGGCUUAUACAUGUUCAUGCUAUGCUACAAGAACGGCGGACUAGCUCGCGAGAAGAUUCGCGACCAAAUCGACGAGUCCACCAGCUGGGAUAAAUUCAACUCGAUCGCGCUUUCAACUCCGCCGCUGUCUCAACAGGGAGAUGGAGACAUGAGAAUUGGCCUAUAUUUCCCCCGGCCCGAAAUCGUCCCUAACCUUCCUGCCGGUCAAUGGCGGUACCUGUACAAUCCAGAGACGGAGGAGUUGAAAGAGGUCUCGUCUGACAUUUGCCCAGAUGACGCUCGCAAUAUUAUCGAAUCGCAAAUGCUGUCCUGUCGACUUCGAUCACAAAAACUCGUCAAAGCCGAGAAAGAUCCGAAGACGGGCGAGACCUUACCUCCUCAGCCACGUCGCGUGUACCUGGUCGGAGGAGGCUCUGCCAAUGAAGCUAUAGCCAAGAUCUGUGGUGAAGUGCUGGGUUCUGUCGAAGGUGUCUACACGCUCGACAUCGGAGGCAAUGCAUGCGCUCUCGGCGCAGCGUACAAAGCAGUCUGGGGUUGCGAGCGGAAGAAAGGACAGACAUUCGAAGACCUGAUCGGAAGUCGAUGGGAUGAGGCGAGCUUUGUCAAGCGAGUCGCAGACGGAUAUAAGAAAGGCGUGUUCGAAAAAUAUGGCGAAGCCGUCAAGGGUCUUGACUUGAUGGAGAAGCAGGCAUUGAAGAGCUCCAAAAAGUCAGCUUGA